UCCCCUGCAGGGUAAGUUUGUGGAGCUGGGCAUCUCCAACUAUGCCGCCUGGGAGGUGGCCGAGAUCUGCACCCUCUGCAAGAGCAAUGGCUGGAUCAUGCCCACCGUGUACCAGGGUGUGUACAACGCCCUCACCCGAAGGGUGGAGACGGAGCUCUUCCCCUGCCUGAGGCACUUUGGACUGAGGUUCUACGCCUACAACCCUCUGGCUGGGGGCCUGCUGACCGGCAAGUACAAGUACGAGGUCAAGGACGGGAAACAGCCUGCGGGCCGCUUCUUUGGUCAUAAGUGGGCUGAGUUCUACAGGAAUCGGGAAUGGCCCCCUUUCCACAUGGCGCUUGGCGGGACAAUUCUAGACUCUUACAGCUUCCUUCCCUGUGGCAUCUUCUCUUUAAUGGAGGAGAGCAACAAACCAGGCUUCAUGUGAGAGACUCGAUGCGAGUUUGUGGAAAGGGCUGCGGGCUUUUGAAGCGGCGGAGUUUGUGAUAUUUGGAGUCUCUGUGUGUGCACAGCUGUGAUUUAAAUACUAAUCCAGCCCCUGCCUCCUCAAGAGUUGCAGGGAACCACUGCCAGGUUUAUGGACCGUCACUGUAAGCAGUGUUUCUCAAGGAGCUUUCACACCACCAUCAGAUCCAGGCUGAUGGUCCCCCACUGCUGCUCGUUAGUUUAUAAAGCAUCAUCAGGUCCGUCAUCUCCUCUAUGAGUCGCAUUCAGUGUAUGGUUCUGUCAUGGUGCGUGUCCUUUCCUCACUGAGCAGGUGAGAAAAGUGAAGGCAGGUGGCUCCGCCGAGGCCAGAGCCAGCA